CCAUACCAUUGCGAUCUCGUAUCUUUUCCUCCGCUUAUUUCAUACACCACCUCCCGCAUACCCCCUCCACCUGUCUUAAUCUCGUUCCACAUACCCGCCCUUGCCGCCGUCCCCCACUUUCACCAUGUCGGCGACAAUAGACCAAGAAGACCUGGAGGAGCUCUCCAUCUCCAUCACGCCUAACCCCAGGCGGAGCUCUGCAAGACCGCCAGACUUUCCUUCUCAAAACCCCCCCGCCACUGCUGCGCAGGAAGGCAAAACUGGCCGCGACACCAAAACUACCCAGCACCUCAAGCAAUACACAGUAGUAAAGACGCUGGGCGAGGGAUCCUUUGGCAAGGUAAAGCUAGGCAUGCACCAGGUUAGCGGGCAAAAGGUAGCUUUGAAGAUCAUCAAUCGCAAGAAGCUCGUCACAAGAGACAUGGCGGGCAGGAUAGAGCGUGAGAUUCAGUAUCUCCAGCUGCUGCGGCACCCUCACAUCAUCAAACUGUACACUGUGAUCACGACUGCAACAGAGAUCAUCAUGGUCUUGGAAUAUGCAGGCGGUGAGCUUUUUGAUUACAUUGUCACCAAUGGGAAAUUAAAAGAGGAAAAUGCUCGCAAGUUCUUCCAGCAGAUUGUCUGUGCCGUUGAGUACUGCCAUCGCCAUAAGAUUGUUCAUCGAGAUCUGAAGCCUGAGAACCUGCUGCUGGAUGACCACUUCAACGUCAAGAUUGCCGACUUCGGCUUGAGCAACAUCAUGACCGACGGCAACUUCCUCAAGACGAGUUGCGGCAGCCCCAACUAUGCCGCUCCUGAAGUCAUCUCUGGCAAGCUAUAUGCUGGACCGGAGGUUGACGUCUGGAGCUGUGGCGUUAUCCUCUACGUGCUAUUGGUGGGCCGGCUCCCUUUCGACGAUGAAUAUAUUCCCACGCUCUUCAAGAAGAUUGCGGCCGGGAACUACAGCAUUCCAAGCUACCUAUCCCCUGGCGCAGUCUCUCUGAUCAAGAAGAUGUUAAUGGUGAAUCCAGUGCACCGGAUCACAGUGGCCGAGAUCCGCCAAGAUCCCUGGUUCACCAAGGAUCUCCCUUCAUACCUCGAGUCGCCACGUGAGGAGUUCGUCGACACGGGCGUGGACCCAAACAAAGCGAUCGAUCCACGGAGUCUAGCGCCGUCGCAACCCGCAGCUGUAGUGCAAAAACUCCACGAGACGGUUGUCGGCAAACUUGGUAAAACAAUGGGUUACGCGAAGCAUGAUGUUCAAGAGGCAUUGGCACGAGAUGAGCCAAGCGCAAUUAAGGACGCUUAUUUAAUCGUCCGGGAAAACCAAAUUAUGAAGGAGAAUCCACUUCUGACGCAAGAAAAGACGCUCCAACCUUUCUUAGCUCAGUCUCCCCCCACGCAUGAGAACUUCAUGAGCUCGUCGAUACCUCAGACCAUGGCCAUGGGCAGCCGCCCGCAAGUUUUUCCUCCUCCUACAGACUCCGAGCGCACACGCCAGGGAUCAACAUCGAGCAGCCAGAUCACGAACAUUCGUAGUCCCAUCAGCACUGUCGGGGUUCUUCCCAGCAGUCUUCCAGAGUACCAUCGAGCUUACAUGAAAGGCCAUCCGAAGCCUCUUACGUCGCCUUCACAAGAGCACGAGCCCAUGGCACCAAUACCAGAGCAGACGAACGAACAGAAAGCCCAAAAUGCCCGUCGAUUAAAGCCUCACGCGCGAAACACAGGUUCAAGUAGGGACUCGCAGCGGCCAGAGCCGAUGACAGCCCUACCAACCAAACGGCCUCGGCCAACCAAAUGGCAAUUUGGUAUCCGCUCUAGGAACCAACCGGCAGAAGCAAUGUUAGCCAUCUUCAAGGCUUUGAAGGCUAUGGGUGCAGAUUGGGAAGUGCCGAAGAUUCGUAGAGCAGGAGGGAGAAGUGGAUCUCGCAGUGGCAGCAGUUCCCGAGAAUCAAGCCGCUCUAGAUCAAGAUCCCGGACCCGCUCUCGCGGCUCUUCCAUCUCCUCUCACUCCUCGCGAGACGAGUACCGAACCUCUGCCCGCAACUCGGACCGCUCAAUUUCCCCCUCUCGCCGCGAACCGCUCUCCGUCCGCAACCCCAGCGGAGACGCCAACUCCAGCCGCUCAAGAGGCCGCCAGCGGAAACAUUACAACCAGCAAAACGACUGGGGCUACUCCAUCCCUUCAGACCCGUGGGUCAUCAACGCUCGGUUUCGUAAAGACGGUAUGUUCCCGCCCGGUGUCGUGCAUCCGUCCUCCGCACACUCCUCCCGUAUCGACCUCACGCACGAUCCUGCUAGCCUAAGGAGACGCAGUUCGACGAAUACAAGUCACUCGAGUCUCAACCACAUUGAAGGCUUGACAACACAACCUGAAGGCACAGGCGCGGGGGCAGGGGGAAGAACUAGCUCGGCGGCCGGCUCCCAUGCAAGCGAUUGGCCGCAACCAGAUGAAGCGGUGCAUAUCUACAUGAGCAUCCAGUUAUACAGCAUCGAGCGUGAUUUCUUCGUCGUAGAUUUCAAGUGCGCGGGUUAUGAACGUCUUGUUAAUAAUAUCGUGAGAGAAAUCAAAGCUACGAAUACCACUACCGCGCCGUCUACGGCGAAUACUUCGAUCUCGAACUUCGCGCUAUCGGGUUCACAUCAUCAAGAUGGCUGGGACGAUGAGCAGGGUGUGUGGAGGAGACUCGGGGAUGGCGAGCCCAUUCCAGAGGAUUUAGCGAGAGAGGUAAGGGAUGGCGGAGGUGGGAAGGCUGGUGUUGGACAGAUGUUGAGGGAGAGACAUGAGGAGGUGGGUGCGGGGAGAAGUCAGGGUGAGAAGAGAGCGACGAGUCCGUUUCCUUUUUUGGAUGUAGCGAGUAGCUUGAUUUUGCAGUUGAGCGGGGAGUAGAUGUAAUAUAAUUUGUGGAAGUUGGGGUGUGCGGGAGCGGGGUGGUAGUAGUUGUAGAGACAGAGGUGAGACGGAGGAGGUGGAAGUGGUUCUGGGCUUGGAGGUGGAUUUGCC